UUUUUUUUAUUAUAAAGUUGAUUGAGAAAAAUAAUUGAAGAUUCAACUUUUAACGAUGUUCAGCAUGGAGUGUUUUCUCGCGGCGAGGGCGAAGUUGAGCAAGUUGAAGAAGCUGGAGGUCCUUGGUGAAGGGGUUUAUGGUGUAGUUUUUAAAGCGCAAAACGAUGUGACUGGGGAGAUUGUUGCCAUAAAGCAGAUCAAAGAUUUUGGAAAUGAUGAGGCUGGUAUAGCUGUGACGACGAUGAGAGAGAUCAACGCUCUGAAGUACCUCAGACAUCAUAACGUGAUACAGCUGAAGGAUGUCCUCUGCGCGGGAUACAAAUCAUUUUUUAUGGUGUUCGAAUACUUUGGAAUAGAUUUAAAAUUGUAUUUAACUAGGGUUCCCUGCAAACCAGACGAGAUGUUGGUGAAGAGCUACACCAAGCAGUUGAUGGAAGCGUUGGCCUUCAUUCAUUCCAACCGAGUGAUGCAUAGAGAUGUCAAACCGCAGAACGUUUUAGUCGAUAGCGAGGGCAAUCUUAAGUUGGCAGAUUUUGGCCUGUGCCGUCAAUUUACGAUGCCGAUGAAAAAUUACACGAACAAAAUCGUGUCCCUCUGGUACAGAGCUCCGGAAAUCCUCUUUGGUUCGACCAUGUAUGGACCGAAAGUAGAUAUUUGGGGUGCGGGAUGCGUGAUGGCUGAGAUUAUAGACUUCCAGACCUUGUUCGAUGGUGUUUCAGAGAUCGAACAGAUUAAUAAGAUAUGCAAGGUGCUAGGAAAUCCUGAUGAAGGUAAUCCCAUGCUGGGAUGCUACGAUUUUAUCAAUUUCAAAGCAAGCCAAUUCGAGGUAUAUAACAAUACCAAAGGUCUUGAUGCUCUUAUCAAAUUUCAUAGUCAGGAACAACUAAAGUUUCUGGAGAGCAUCAUAGUUUUCAACCCGCUUAUAAGGAAGAGUGCAAUGGAAUGCCUCAGGAUGGAUUACCUUAAGAACGUGGAGAAGGUUUUGCCAGUGCAGUGGUGUUUCAAUUAGUACUGAGCAAUAAGACACAAAUGAAGAAAUCAUUGGUUAUUGUACAAAGAGCUGACGCGUUAAAUGUGUGUUGAAAUUCGUUGUCUACGAAUGCAAAAUGAAAGAACUUUCAACACAUUUUAAUUUGUAUUAUUUUUUUAGUCCUUUUUUACAUAUUUUAUUUAGCAACUAUUUUUUUAAUGACAAC